CUUCUUUUGGUCAACAACCAUGUCAACGGGACCCACAAGCACAAGAAUACGGAGGUCGAAGUCAGUUUGGAGGUCGAGGAAAUGGAAAGUCGACAGGUCGCUUUAUACCGGAUAGAUAUUUUGUUGGCGGCAUUCCGCAGUCUGCGACAAUACCGAUGCUGCGAAAGAUCUUCAAUGCUGCAAACAUACCUGGCUUUGACUCUUAUGCAGCUUGUGUGACAUCAACAUGUACGUACAGACUAAAGUUACUUACGUGAUUACAUGACAGCUAUAAGAGGAGGUAGUAGUUUUUUUACAAUGGUUUUAUUGAUUUUGAUACCUGCGGACUACAAACACUUGUUGCAGUCUUCUGCUCAUGUGCGCAAGCAGGUAUCAACAUGUUCCACUGAGUUGUUCUGCAGAGUCGGCACCCUCUAAUUCUCUUUCGAGUUGCGCCUCACUUAUAAGCUGGGUGGGCCGAGCUUCGCCCUCUGGCGCGCUGCGCACUAUGAGUUUGAAGCUGAAGACGGGAACCAGCCAAAACGGGUACAAGAUGAUCGCUGGCGUAGUUCUUCUGCAUUUCCUGAACUUGAGAAGUUAGUCUUUCACAAUGCUCAACCUCAAGCGGAUAGUCGGGCGCACGGUCCACCGGGUCUACGUGGCCUUCUGCGACAGUAUGGAAGACCUACUUCACCUGGUGCUAGUGGAACAUCUCUUGUCCAACAUGUAUCAGACGAUCGAACACACAGAGUUAAGGCUACCGCUGAAGCAUCCUCAGCGCAUCCCUUGGCCCCCUUUUCAAGGGCAAAAGGGGCUCAAUGAUGUGCCCAGGGAUGCGACGCGGUAGCUCUAACAGACGUUUCGGCUUUCUGAUAUUUCGCUCUAUCGACGACGGAGAACGCUUUUGGCACAUGUGGCGGGGUCUCCUAUUAAGAACGAAACAGAAUGCCAUAGUAUAGGUCUGAAGAUUCAUCAAGAAUACUACGCGAAGUAGAUAGAUUCUCAAUCUUAUCCUGCGCAUUCUCAUCCUAAGAUCUGAGGAACAACUUCUUGGGUGGGAAAUCCUAAAUUCAUCCUGGGCUCUAAUUUACGAUGGAAAUGGAGGAAAUCCGCCUGGAGAUUGGAACUCGUGCGGAUUGGACCCUUGGACGAAGAUCACUGGUAUCCCGUUUAUACGGCCUCUCGCUGUAACCCAAAAGCACGGCCAAGACGAGUCUCAGCAUGUGGUGAAGGCGCACGUCCAUCAAUUUUUUGUACACCAAGAAAAUGCACUAAAACCAGGAGGGCAGGGAGUCGUGUUAAGGCUUCCGUUUAGUAAACCUAAUGCUAAUACCUGGUAGCUUGAUUUGAUGUGUUCGGGGGAACUGGAUGAAUCUGGUAGAUCUAGUUGUAGAGUAGUCCUUCAUUCUCAAUUCAUAGUCAUGCAUUUCGCUUUCGGAAGGAUCGUAAAUAUGCUACAGGGGAGCGCUUUCGUUUCGGUUUUUAUUCAAGGUGAAAAUGAUUACGAUUGAGGAGAUAUCACCAGGAUCUUUCGGCUUCUCAAGAUGAAUCUUCCGCUUCAGGGUCUGUGAGUUCUAAUUUUGUACCCACUCGCGCGCUUCGUCUUUGCCUACUUCAUGAUGCUGGACUCCCACCUACCGCAUAUCAAACUAGCUGACGCAAACGCACCAUGGAGGAGAAAUAUACCGAGUGUCCUUAUGAUGUUGAUGCUGAUGCUGUCCGAGCGGACAAUUCUCAACACAAGACAAAAGACGCAAAAAAAUGAUUAGCGUCGUCUCGUCUAUUUAAUACAAAUUCACAUUCAGAAGUAACAUUCAGUAUUUUUGUUGUUCCGUAAUAAAUGUUUAUAGAUAAUAACGGAAAGAAUAAGAAUGCUGUUCAGGAGCACACCCACAGCUGGACGUAUGUGCCACGACUAGCAUCAUCUAGUAUCUCUAAUUCUAAUAGAAGCAUUGGAGAGGAGGAGCACGAACAGCACAUACAGCGAUCACGUGGAGCUCUGCAUGGUCCUACUGGUAUGCGCUCGCGUCCGGGACCGGGACCCGUCUAUACCUCGGCACAUGACCACCCACCCAACAUACAUCUGUGGCUCGGUGAUGGAAAACCAAGAGGGUAGAAGAUAGAGGCAUCACUAUGCAGUAUUUCGAAGAGUGAGGUAAGAAAGAAACUUGUCGUCUUCGUCAUGAUGAAAAGCCUAAUUCUUACAAAAAAUGCAACUACAAGGUCAGGGCAAGAUUACGAUCCUUGAUAACAUUUACGUACACAGAAUAUUUUUACAUCACGUUUGAAGAUGAAGAUGAGCGAACAACAAGAAGAAAAACCUUAACAAGAAGCAAUACGAAUACAGGAACAAGGAAGGAAAAGGAAUUCUUGUUGACAAACUAGUAGUAGUACUUACUUCAGCUUCACGACAUCGCAUCAUUAUAUUUUUGCAUUCUAGACGAGUAUUGAUUUUUUUGGUACCGAUUUUCUGCCCUCGCGUUCUACUGCUGGUCGUGUCUUUUUAUAGAAUCGGGUGGAGAAGAGGAACAGUGCAUCGAAGGGCGCUACUUGCUUCUAUUCUCAUUUUAACGUUUGUGAAGCCGUGCUUAAAGUUUCUACUACCACCAGAAUACGAGUUUCAUUUCUAUCAACCAUAUAGUCACCACCACAACACUGAAUCAAUUACACUGAUUUUGAAGGACGAGAAGUUGCACCAAAAAGUAUUCUUUUUCUUGUACGACUCGUCAUGUUGUUGCUUGAGGUUUUGUCAUUUUGAAUUAGAUUUCGAUGUCCUACUUACUACUUGGAGACGAGGAUCACGAGUUGAUUCUUACUUACAGUCUUAAACUUAAAGGUAGACCGCAUUCAAUUGCUUAGCUUCCAGCACCUCAUCUGAGGGGGCAGCAUGUGUGUUGAAGCUGCUCACUGAUGGGAACCUGCUUCGUCUUGCCCAAUGCUGCUUCUACGACAGAUGCCGUGACGAUGACCGCGAUUGCGCAUCGACUGGCUAUCUUAACAACCUAGACGGAGGACGACAAGGAGAAGGUGCAGCAGAUACCACCGAGGCAGAUACAACUCGACCUGGCAUCUCACUGAAUGGCUAAUAGGCACUUCUUAACGUAUGACACAAAAAAAGCACUAGUUCUCGAAAUUUGUAAAUUUGAUAGAUGCCACAACUAGGCGAGUGCCCUGAGUUGCGGCAAGCUAGUGGCGCCUUUCAAGGGGCCGCAGCUCUUUGGGAUGCCUCUCGCGUUUUUGGCGCCUGAUAUCGGUGCCCGCGCUCCUUCCUUUCUGUGCCACGUGGUGGCACUGUGGCGCUUCCUGGAAGACGCUGGCGGUGUCCAGCUGAUCUCACCGAAUGGCUGAAAAGCACUUCUUAACGCUGACUAGAUUCAUUAUCGGGCAACACCAUUAAGAAAAAAGUCAUUGUGUAUCUGUAUGUGCAGCGAAAGUGAAAACUUCUAGAAUUCUGUUCCGGUUGACCUUGACGUGUCGCGCAUGUUUCUAUUAGAGAAAACAGCGUAAAUUGCCAUGAAAAAGGAAAUCUAAACCUCAUGAAAAAAAAUGGCCGGUAUAAUAAGUCCAGCAAGUGAUUGGUGGAAUAUAGGAUACAGGACAUGCUGAUUCAUUUUUUUUUUUUUCAAAUGUCUGUAAGAAAAAUCGAUUGCCAAGUCUAUCUAGGAGGUUGACCUUCUUCUAGUUCUGCGAACUCUUUAGUAGAAAUAAUGGAAAACCAACAUCAAGCACAAGCACUCAAGAAACAAAUAAGGCUAAGAUUAUAUAUUUCUAAGUAAGGAACAAGAUACGCAAUUCUACUACUAGUAGUCCGGGUUAUCUCUUAGUUGUACAACGAAUUUGGGAAGCAGCGCAAUCAAUCGUGCUGUUGUGAAACUCGAUGUGUGUAAGUGUAGAAAGCAUUAAAGAUAAGUAGAGUCUGAGCGCACGCUGCUCGGUCUGCAGAAAAAAUUGAAUGAUCUUCUUUGCAAGCAAAAGAACAUAGUCGUAAAUUUUUUUUGAGGUUGUACCACGACACGC